AUGACAGGUGACCUGCUACAAUUGUAUGAUAAUUGUCCAGGCGGCUUUUCUGAGCCUUUGCAACUGGAUUGUGACCAUUGUGCCAUAGUGUCAAACUCUGGUCAGAUGGUUGGACAGAAGGUGGGAAAUGAAAUUGAUCAGUCAUCUUGCAUUUGGCGAAUGAACAAUGCCCCCACCAGGGGUUAUGAAGAAGACGUUGGACGCAUGACCAUGAUCCGAGUAGUGUCCCAUACUAGUGUACCUCUUUUGCUGAAAAACCCCGACUAUUUUUUCAAGGAAGCAAACACUACUAUUUACGUUAUUUGGGGCCCUUUCCGCAAUAUGAGGAAGGAUGGCAAUGGCAUUGUUUACAACAUGUUGAAAAAGACGGUUGAUGUCUAUCCAAAUGCCCAAAUUUAUGUGACCACAGAGAAGCGUAUGAGUUACUGUGAUGGAAUUUUUAAGAAGGAAACUGGGAAAGAUAGGUGA